AUGAAAGAAGUUGGAGAGCUAGAGAGGCAGCCAGAUGUACUUUGGGAGGUGUGGUUCCCAUUCCAAGGGGCAUACAAAGAGCUUGUUUCCUGCUCGAAUUGCACGGAUUAUCAGAGCAGGCGGCUAGAAAUCCGGUGUGGUCUCAAGGCGAAGGAUCAGCAACGGAAGGUCUACGUCCAUAUGCUCAACGAAACGAUGUGCGCUACGGAGCGCGCAUUAUGUUGUUUGGUCGAGAAUUAUCAGACGCCAGAUGGACGGGACUUCCUACCAUGGGUUAAGGAGCUACCGAAGAACUUGCAGAGAAAGCAAAUAUAGAUGUCUUGUAUAAUCCUUUUUGUAGAUAACGGCGUGUACAUUCUGUUUUGUGCCAAGAUAGACCUCAUUCAUACACCGA